GCCGAAAGACACGGAAAGAAAAUGUUUCGUUGUAAACCAAAGAGAUGUAAAAAUUAGGUGAUAAACCAUACAAUUUUUGGUCAUAGUAGUGGUUUUGUAAAUAAUAAUAAUCAUUUUAAAUUUAUUCUUGGUUUUUUUUCCUAUUGUUUUUCGUUUUCAUUUUUGACAAAAACUAAAAUAAUAGUUUACUAUUUUUUACUUUAAUUAAAUAAAAAUUUUAAAUAUUAUAUUAAUGUAAUACUAUAAUAAUGGACUUCAUACACAAAUUGGUGAACCGAAAAAAAAGAGAACUAAAUGAAUUUAAUGAAAGUUUCCACUUAGAUGAAAAAAUACUUACCACAAGUUAUGGCCUGACUAAUGUUAAUCUCAGAUCAUACCAAAUUGAGGGAGUUAAAUGGUUGAUUGCACAUUACGAAUGUGAAGUUGGCAGCAUACUGGCCGACGAAAUGGGCUUAGGCAAGACUUGUCAGACAAUUGCAUUUUUGUUAUAUCUGUAUAAUGAUAAUGGAAAAAAACUUAAGAGGCCUCCUUCAAUCAUACUAACACCAUUAUCUGUUCUUAAUAAUUGGAGGAAUGAACUGACGAGAUUUGCCCCAAGUUUGAAAUUUCUGGUCUACACCGCUGAUAAAGAUGAAAGACAGAAAUUAAGAAGAAAGUUAUCUAAUAAUUAUAAUAAUAAAUAUACUAAAAAUAAUUAUAACUAUAAUAAUAUUGAUGAUGAUGAUAAUGAUGGUGAUACAGGAUAUGACAUCAUUCUUACAUCAUAUGAAAUAUGCCUUGUCGAUCAAAGUUAUUUCUUGAAACGUGAUUGGUUGACACUCGUAGUGGAUGAAGCUCAUAGGCUGAAAAACAGCCAAUCACAGCUUCACAUUGCCUUGAAGGAGUUCACAUUUAAACAUCGAGUUUUGCUAACUGGCACCCCUAUUCAAAACAAUUUGACUGAACUUUACUCUCUCCUAUCAUUCAUUUCUCCACAAAUUUUUUCUGAUUCUCAUCUGAAUUCUUUUUUGAAGAAAUAUGAAAAUAUCGUUCGAUCUAAAGAUGACGAUCUUAAAAGGUUACUUGACACAAUGAUGCUACAGAGAUUAAAAGCAGAUGUACUGUUUGACAUUCCAUCCAAACAGGAAAUAGUGAUGUACCAUUCGUUAUCAUCUUUACAGUUAGCGCUAUAUAAAGGAAUCCUAUCUAAAAAUACUGAACUUUUUAACUCUCGUACUAGCAUCAACAAGACAAAGUUGAACAACGUCCUAAUGCAGUUAAGAAAGUGUGUUUGCCAUCCGUAUCUGUUUAAUGGAGUCGAACCCGAGCCCUUCGUGUCGGGUGAGCAUCUCUUUACGAGCAGCGGGAAGCUGCUGCUGCUGCAUAACUUGCUGAAACACCUGCACUCUCUCAAUCACAAGGUUCUGCUCUUCUCGCAGUUCACAUCAUUUCUCGACAUCGUUCAGGAUUAUCUCACCUAUCAAAGUUUGUUUUCUCGUUGUUGUUGUUGUUGUUGUUUCGGAUUUGUGAUGGUUGUCAUCAAUGUCAUCAGUAUCAUCAUCAUCAUCAACAACAUCAACAUAAUCACCAUCGCAAACAUUACCACGAUCAUCAUCAUCAUCAUCAACCCCACAAGAAAUUAG